CUACUUUCGGAAAAGCUCGUGUCUCAGAAACGACAUGUGCUUAUGAAGGACUGCGUUAGGAUUAUUUACUACUGUCAUGUAAAGCGAUCGAGUGGGUGUCGCUACGAAAUGAGUGUUUGCAUCCCGAACAAUCCCGAUGAAAAGCUGAGAAUUGAUGAUUUUAACGUGCAUACUUGUAACCCAGACAGUGGUCGAGUAAGGCGUAAAGCAAAACCACAAAUUGAAGACUUCUCCAAACCGCUUGGCAAGCGCAAAUCCACCGGUGGAUCUGCUGCUGCAAAGGGCGAAAGCCCCCUACCCUUCCCUCUUAGCGAUCCAAUGACGUCGUUCUUCGCUGGUGUAGGAGACCACUUUGAAACUGAAAAUGUUUCAGAAUCAGCUGAACAGAGGGAUUUUGGAUGUAGCAGUUAUGGAGGAGGAUCAAGCGAAAACUUGACCAGGUUUAUUUCGGAGUUGGGCGAUGCAGAGCAGGGCGCAUCCACCAGCAAGUCUUCAGCGGCGAGUGUAUGGUCGGUAGUUGAUAUCGAUGUCGUGGAUUUUACCAAACGUCCUGAUCCUCCUUUUACGUAUACGUCACAGUAUUCUUACGCUUUUCCAAUGAUAGGAAAUCAGCCGGAAGUCGUUGCAGAUGCACUACUGAACUUGUUCUAUCUGUUCGGACCUUCAAACUCAGUAAAAUUGGAGCCAUCGUAUCGGGGCUAUAAACAGGUAGAACAUUUAGGAACAGCUUUAGAAAGUAUGAUUUCUGAAAGAUUCCCAUGUACAAGAGUUGUCUACUAUGCUGAAAACCGGAACAAACAAGGCGCCCUCGUUCCAAGAAGGGAAGAGUCGAUGAUUCGGGAGAGGAUCUAUGCUUGGCUUAUGGAUAAUGGGAAAGUGAACUGGUUUAACCAUCUCAAUGAAAUAAAACACAUGCACAACUCCGAAUGGAUAGAUGAAUUAGGUAUGCUGUUUCUUUGA